UAUGACAAUUUAGUUUACACAUACAGACCUGUGGAAGACUGCGUUGUACUUCCUUGUUGCUGCCGAGUAGCCAGUGAGCUCAGAAAUGGCGAAAGGAAGAGUGGUGCCAAGCAGAGAUGUUUGUCUGAUCCUGUUUCUAGUGUUAAACGGAGUAAGAUCUGAAGGAAACCUCGCUUUGUCAAAGACAGCUACACAGAGUAGUAACCAUAACGACGGGUAUUGGCUGGCGAGUGCUGCUGUGGAUGGAUGUUUGAAGACAUGGAUAGAUCCUGGUUGUUGUACACAUACAUUGGGAGGAAGUCGGAAGAUCGCAUGGUGGCGGGUUGAUCUUGGACAAAUGAGUACAAUAAACACAAUAAGAAUACUGUACAGAAAUGAUUUUCAGCAAAGACUGGCUGGUUUCCAGCUUUAUGUAUCCAAUACCACCGAUUCGCCCACAGACGGCGUCCUCUGCUAUCAAGACACUAGUAGUAGUAGAAGUGCGGUACAGUUAGACCAGACACACCAGUGCCCGUAUGUAGGGCGGUAUGUGACUGUGUACAACUAUAGAAACAACCCAAAACGAUACAGCUGGUAUAGUGAUUAUGCAGUAUUAGAGCUCUGUGAGGUUCAAGUGUUUGGUGAGUGUAUAAUAAUUUAA